AUGAGCAGUUUUCUUCAAAAAGUAAUCAAAAAUAUGAAGGCGGUUUCUGCAGGCACUAAUAUGAUGGGCAAGAAGGAGGACUCAGUUUACAUCAGCUGGACCAAGGAACAACUAAUACGAAGAAUCACCGAGCUGGAAAAUGCAAAUAAACAACAUCGUAAUGAGCUCCAACAUAUUGAUGAUAACAAGAAGCGCAAACUUCCACAAGAAGGGAUCAUCAAAACCAAGACCAAAAAGACUCAAAAAAAGUUUGAUUUUACCAAGCAUAAUACUAGGUUUGUUGCCUUAAGAUUUGCGUACUUAGGGUGGAAUUACAAUGGGCUAGCUUUCCAAAAAGAAUACACACCUUUACCCACGAUAGAGGGUGCCAUUCUAGAUGCCAUGAAUAAGUGUAGACUUAUUCCAUCUAUGGUUCUACAAGAUUUUCAAUUUAGUAGAUGUGGUAGAACAGAUAAAGGUGUGAGUGCAAUGAAUCAGGUUAUCUCUUUAAAGGUUCGCUCUAACUUGACAGAUGAUGAACAACUAGAUCCGGCCAACGAUAACAAGGAGAUUCCUUAUGUUCAAAUUUUAAAUCAGUUGUUACCUGACGACAUCCGUAUAUCAGCUGUCUGCCUCAGACCUCCUCCUGGUUUCGAUGCAAGAUUCAGUUGCACUAGACGACACUAUAAAUAUGUUUUUAAUGGAAGGCAUCUUGACAUUACUAAAAUGUCUAAAGCAGCAUCAUAUUUCCUUGGAGAGAAUGACUUUAGGAACUUCUGUAAACUAGAUGGCUCAAAACAGCUUACCAAAUUCAAACGUACUAUAGUGAGUGCAGAGAUUCUUCCCGUUUCUGAUACCUUCUACUGUUUUGAUCUAGUUGGUUCAGCAUUCCUGUGGCACCAAGUUCGUUGUAUGAUGGCGAUUCUCUUCCUAGUCGGUCAAACGCAUGAAGAACCAGAAAUCGUCUUGCGCCUGCUUGAUAUUGAGAAAACACCCCAAAAGCCCGUUUACGAUAUGGCGGAUGAAAUCCCAUUAUUGUUAUACGAUUGCACCUUUCCUCCAAUGGAGUGGCAAGAGCCUCCAACCGAUGAUCAUAAAGCGAUUAAGUUUACGACGGCGGCUGAGGCGUUAACAUUACACUAUGGGUUGAAGGCCACUGUUUCCAACAUUUUUAGAGAUAUUUUGCCUACAGCAGAUGCUAAUAUCUUCACGAAAAAAGUCAUUAACUUAGGUGAUGGAAAAGGCAGAAUCAUCGGCAAAUAUGUAAAAUUGAAAGAUAGAGACGUAAUGAAGUCAGUUGAAGAUGUUAAUGCCAAGUAUCACAAAAAAAAGGAUAGAAAGGCUAAAUAA